AUGGGCGGAUUCAAUCACUGGCACGCUCCUGAGGAUCCCGACAGGCCGAGGCUCCCGUAUCUCCCUGGAUUUUCCGUCCGGAUAUCUCGACAUGCGCCACCUUCAGAGGGUGAACAAUCAGGAUUCCAAGAGCGACCCACACUCAGCGAAGAGUAUCUGGAAACCGUAACCCAUAGCGAGGCGGUUGUUGCCAAUCCACCUGUCGACGGUCUUGAAGAUUCUUCGAGUCAGGCCGAGCUGGCCAUCACUUCAAGCAUCGCCAUCGGGGCUGCUCGAGGUGCCCAGAUUGUCGCAUGCACAGUCACCCCCUUGGAUGGAGAUUCAGAGCCCUUUGAAGCAACUGCCAAGAUAUACGACCCGCUCUACUACAACUUUGAGCACAGCAUGGGCUAUUAUCCACGAGACUGCGUGGACGAAGCCGAUCAGGACUAUGCGGUUGAGACAUACGCUUACGAGAUACUUGAGCAAACCGGCUACACUGGUUCUUCUGCCCCCAAAUACUAUGGAUCAUGGACAUUCACUCUUCCUAUUGUUUUCAAAGGAUCAUCGACAUCAAGACCUGUACGUUUGAUCUUGAUGGAACGAAUUAACGGAGUCACUAUCCGAGACAGUCGUAUCCAAAACACCUAUAGUCGAGCAGCGGGCAAAGACGCAUUUCAUUACCCUGAAGAGUACCGACUGGAGGUGCUCGCACGAGCGAUGGACGCGCACGUUCAACAAAUCAAGGGCGGAGUUGACCAAAGCGACUUUGCGGGACGCAACAUCCUUCUCGCGCCAAUGCAAUCAGAAAAGAUCGGUGGUAUUUUCCUCCCCCGGAUUGUGCUCAUCGACUAUAACAAUGCAAACGUACGGCAAUUAUCACCCGAGCAGCUCGAUCGCCUGCCACCUAACCCAACUGAGAUUUUCUGGAGCCAAUAUCUGUGGGAGGAUGUUGCUGGCUGGGUGCCUGACACGUGGAAAGAUGGCAAGGUUGAUCAGGAUGUUGUCAUAUAA